AUGUCUGGAAGGCUGUGGUCCAAGGCCAUUUUUGCUAGCUAUAAGCAGGAUGUCUGGAACCAGAGGGAGCAGACAGCUUUUCUUAAGACUGAAGGGGUUUAUGCUCUAGAUGAAACUGAAUUCUAUCUAGACAAGAGAUGUGCUUAUGUGUAUGAAGUAAAGAACCACACAGUGACUCCUGGUGGCAAACGGAACAAAGCUAGAGUAAAUGGGGGAAAAGGAACUCUUGCUCAUGGAAAUAGUGGCACAGUUCAUGUCGAAUUCCAAAGAAACCUUCCAGCUAAAGCCAUUAGCCACAGAAUCUAUGUGAUGCUGUACCCCUCAAGGAUUUAA